AGUUUUCUGGUUUCCUCUUUCACAAAGAUCUCGAAAUCCCACUUCUCUGCUUGAUUAACCAGCACAACAGAGAAAACUAAAAUGGCGCCUUGAUAUUCCACUGUCUAGAUUAUUACUCUCAUUCAUCUUCUCAAUAGUAUUCAAUCUAUUCCCUUUUGAAUAAUAAUCAUCUUAACAAAAACCCUAAUUAGGGUUAGGUUUUUUUUCUUCUUCGUCUUCUUCUUUUUGCUUUUGAUUAUCUACCUUAGUAGCUGUUUAAUUUAAAUAAAACCAUGUAUGCGGAUCGGGUUGUAGCUGAGACCAACAAAAGGUCUGUUAAAGAACGCCUUAAUGGAGAUUCAGAUGAGGAGUAUGGUAGAGGCAGAACGUCCUUUAGCAAAAGACAGCGGCAAAAUGACAACAAGUGGAAACACGAUCUUUAUGACGACGAAGACAAACCCCGAGUUUCAACUCGCCGAGUUGCUGCUAAUGACCUGCGAUUGAAACUCCAAAAGAAGGGUUUGAAGAAAACAUAUCAAAAGGGAAAGGGCUCUCUUGCAGGAGGUGUCCAGGAUCUACGGGUAAAGCUAUCAGGUAUUGCACAUGCACAGCAGGCUAAUACUGAUCUACCAAAGUCAAAGCCUAAAGAACUUGCUAAACCUGCCCGAAAAAGUGUUGCAGUUGAUGUUCCCAUGGCAGAGGCUAAAAAAGUUGUCAAUCCAACUGCUUCAAGGAAAAAGUCACAGCAAAAGGGUGAAUCUGUAGAUGGAUUUCUUGAGUCUUUGGGUCUUGAGAAGUAUUCAAUAACGUUUCAGGCUGAGGAAGUAGACAUGACUGCAUUGAUGCACAUGACGGAUGAGGAUCUCAAGGCUCUCGGAAUGCCCAUGGGACCGAGGAAGAAGAUACUCCUUGCUUUAGACUCGAGAGAAUAGAGAUGGUGUUUUUUUCCUGCUGUUGGCUUUGGCGCUGGUUACCAGACAAAAUGUUUGUGCCCAUGGCAGGCGCUUGUUUCAACUCUGGUAUAUCAGUCCGCCUGUAAAAUUUACUUUUGUGUAGCUUUUCCAACUGUAUUUACUGAAAAUGGGUUCAGUGUAGUCUGAGUAUAGGUAGACCAAACAGUUUCAAUAUCAGUAGCUGAAGUAAACAAAUGGAAAAUUCUAUUUAGUAUUUAUUUAUUUGAUAUCUAAAUGGUCUGCAAAAUUUGUGACUUAACAGUU